AUGGACGGAGCAAGCGAAGCCGAGAGCCACACCGGCUCAACACUGGCCCCAGAGUUAGAUGGCGCCGCUGGGGUGGGCUACGCCCCUUCAUCACGCCGUUCCCACGGCCCAUACCCCCGUCUCUCUCGCCCCGUCGAGCUGAUGCGGCCGUCGUACGACGUCGUGGUCAUAGGCUCCGGGUACGGCGGGGGAGUGGCCGCCAGCCGGAUGGCACGCGGCCGACAGAGCGUCUGCGUGCUGGAACGCGGCAAGGAGCGAUGGCCCGGUGAGUUCCCCGAGACGCUCCCGGACGCGAUGAGGGAGCUGCGCGUCAGCGGCGAGUUCGCUCCGGGGGACAGACGGAGCGUCCCCGGUAAGCUCGUCGACACUGGGAACCCAACCGGGUUGUAUCACUUUGCCGUGGGGGACGGGCAGAAUGUGUACAUGGCCAAUGGGCUCGGGGGCACGAGUUUGGUGAAUGCGAACGUGUUCUUGGAGCCGCAUCCGGACGUGCACAAGAUGGAUGUGUGGCCCGAGGAGCUGAGGGGAAAGGAGAAAUGGACGAGAUACUACGACCGCGCCAAGGAGGUUCUUGAGCCAACCGUGUACCCGGAAAGCUUCCCAGAACUGCUUAAGACCAGCAUGCUCAAGGAGCAGGCGAAGCAGAUGAGUUGCGGGGACAAGUUCCGGCUGGUUCCCCAAACCACCCGCUUCGAAGACGGACCCAACAGCACAGGCGUCGUCAUGCAUGCGUCGACCUUGACCGGCAUGGACGCCACUGGGAUCAAUGAUGGCAGCAAGUCGACUACUCUGGUGACGUACAUCAGCGACGCGUGGAACUGGGGAGCCGAAAUCUUCUGCGAGUGCGAGGUGCGCCAAGUGGCCAAGGCCCCUGAGGGCCGGAAAGGGUACAUUGUCUACUUUACAUGGCGCUCGGGCAAGCGAGACCACUUCAUGCCGACUUUCUAUGACGACUUGAUGUGGGUGCACGCGAAGAAGCUCGUCUUCUUCGGCGCUGGAAGUCUCGGGACGACCGAGAUCCUGCUGCGCAGCAAGCGGUUUGGUCUCGAUAUCAGCAACGAAGUCGGGACCGAGAUGAGUGGGAAUGGAGAUAUGCUGGGCUUUGGUUACAACACAGAUCGCCCUGUGAAUUGCAUUGGAAACCCUCGCCCGAACCCAAACCGCCCCGUCGGACCGUGUAUCACUGCGUUUAUUGAUCAACGAGACCAGGACAGGACCCUGGACGGAUUCGUCGUCGAAGAUUGUGCCGUGCCGUUUGCUCUCGCCCCCAUCAUGGUUCCCAUUUUGGAGUACCUACCAAACCCGAAGCGCCGUUUCUACCGCCCGCUCCAGGCGGUAGCGAAGUAUGCGUCACGACUAAGGGGCAAAGUCUUCGGGCCAUACUUCGUUCGGGGCAGCGUACAAAACACCGCGGCCUACCUGAUUAUGUCGCACGACAGCAGCCAGGGCACCCUCACGCUCAGGGAAAACACGCCCGUGCUCUCGUACUCGGGGGUAGGCCGCUCCGAGUCCGUGUCUAGGAUCCAUGGAUUCCUGGAAACCAUGACGGAAAAAGUCGGCGGCAUGUUUGUUGCCAACCCCGUUUGGACCCUCUUUGGCAAACACGAGAUUACGGUUCACCCCAUGGGUGGAGCACGCAUCAGCCCAGGCGGCACGGGCAAAGAUGGCGUGACAAACCACAAGGGUCAGGUAUUCAAGGGCGAUGGGGCUGAAGUGCAUGAAGGCCUAGUGGUCUGUGACGCCUCCAACCUGCCAGCGGCCCUGGGCGUGAACCCGUUUGCUACGAUCACUGCACUCGCGGAACGGUCUGUCGAACUCGCUGCCGAGGACCAACACAUUUCCAUAAAUUACGGCACCAAGAACGGGAUCUUGAAUUUGUUCGACAGCCCCAAGUAUCCCGUGACCACGAAUGAACAUGAAGACCAAGGCAUUGACCGGCUGGCGAAUGUGAUUGCCAAGGCCAAGGACAGCGCGAAGGCCGGAGUAGAGUUCACCGAGGUCAUGUCCGGAUUCAUUCACGCAGGGGGCGAGGUGGAAGACUUCGAAGACGCCGCGAAAAAAGCCCGCAGCUACGGCGAAGCCGCGCGCUUCUUCCUUACCGUGAAAUCAUGGGACGUCUCGGAAUUGGUCAAUAGCAGUCUCCAUCCAGCCAACCUGACCGGAACCUUCGCCUGCAGCAGUCUUGGAGGGACGUUCCUCGUCCAGCGAGGUACCUUCCGGGUGUUCCAUCACGACUCGAGAGAGCCCGACACCACAAACCUGACGUAUGACUUCGACAUGGUGUCAACGAGCGGCAGGAAGCUGCAUUUCUACGGCUACAAGACCGUCAACCCGGCGGCCUUCCUUGCUCCGGUGCGCAUCUGGCAGCAGACGAGUACGCUGUAUGUCACAAUCAGGGACCGCAGCGACACGGCAGAGGACCGUCGCGGCGAGGUCGUCGGGCGCGGCAUGCUGCACGUUCAGCCGGCCGAUUUCUUGAAGGGUCUCACGACCUUCCAAGCAAGCGGGCCGUCCUCCUGGGCAAGGCUUAGAUCUGUGGCAAGCUAUGUCGGCUUCUUUACCAAGCAACUUGCCGUUCCCUUCCUCGCCCCGCUCGGCCGGCUCCAGUGGCCAGGCGCGCGGAUAGCCGAAACAUACCUGGCGACACCUCCGUCCCAAUCCAUGCGCGUAGUGGCAGCCGACGGGGUCGAGUCGACGAUGCUCAUGUGGGACCCAGCCGUGCCAAAGAGCGCCGGUGGGCAGCAACCAAGUGCGCCGGCACCCAUCAUCCUCUUCAUCCCGGGAGCGGCAACCGACCACACCAUUUUCGCCCUGCCUACCAUCGAAAAGAACGCCGUCGACUACUUCCGUGAGGCCGGUUACCGAGUAUACUGUGUCACGCACCGCGUCGGCCGCACCCCCGUGGCCCGGAAAGGAUACACGCCCUACGACGCGCGUCGAGACAUUCGCGCUGCGCUGGAACACAUCCGCAAGACGCAAGGCGGAGAAAAGAUUUAUGUGGUUGCGCACUGCGCCGGCUCAUCAGCCCUCGCCUGCGGUCUCCUCGACGGCACGAUUCCCGGAAAAUGGAUCCGGGGAAUUACUUGCUCCAUGGUCUUCAUGAAUCCCAAGUUCGGUUUCGUCAACCACCUGCUCUCCAAUCUUCCGGUGACGUUAUACAGCAAACUUGUCAGCCCGUGGUGGGACUGCACCAGCGACCGCAAUGACACGUACCUGCAGCGGCUGAUCAAUCAGCUCCUGCGCUUCUACCCCGUGGGCGACCCGCGCGAGACGUGCAGGUCUGUCGUCUGCCACAGGAGCGAGUUAGUUUUUGGCCGCCUCUGGACACACAAAAACCUCAACUCGGAGACGCACGAGCGUCUGGAGCACUUCCUCGGGGGCACCUCGAUGAACUCGCUCGAGUGGCUCAUGCGCGCGGGACGCGUCGAGUGCGUGACGACCAACAAGGGCGAGAACCUCGCGACGCCCGAGAACAUUGAACGGCUGAGGGGCAUCCCGAUCCUGUUCCUGUCUGGCACGGGCAACCGAGUCUACACUGCCGAGAACACCGACAAGUCUUACUCGAUCCUGUGCAACGCCCACGGCAAGCACUUGUACGACCGCAAGGUGUUCCCGGACAAGGGCCACUUGGAUGCCUGGAUGAGCCCCACCGCUUACCGGGAUGUGUACCCGACUGUUCGGCAGCAUGUUGAGUGGGUUAUGAAGAAUCUGUAGAUUCGGCGAGGAUGGAGAUAAGGUUGCUCGGAAAGUGCAAAGUGCUCAGAUUGUAAAGGUAGC